AGGCACAGAAAUGAACAAAACAAGUACCAUUAGAAAUGAAGUUAGAAGCAGUAGGAGGAGGGUGCAAGUACCACCCAAAUAACAAGCAACUACCCGGUGUUUGUCCCUCAUGCUUAAGAGACAAACUCUUGAAGCUCUAUGACAGCAGCAAUCCAACUUAUCCUCUCCCCUGUCCUCCUCGACCUUACGUGUCUCGUGGCCACCGCCGCCAUAGUUCUCUCGUAAUGGAUUCUGCUUCUUCCACCAUGGUUAGCUUCAAUUAUGGGUUGAAGAAGAGCAACUCCAUUGCCUUUGCUUCGAGAAGCCAAGCCAUAAAUAGGGAAGUCAAUGGAAACAACAAGGGUAGUAAGAAAAGGGGUAUUUGGUCCAAGCUGCUCAAAUUGACCAAAAAGAACACCAAGGAGGCCUUCAUGCAUUCCAGGUCCGUGAGUGAGGGAAAUAAUUGGCAUUUUUAAUUAGUUAAUUUAGAUCCAGUUUUUUAAUUGAUGUAACUACACAUGAUUGUUAAUCAAAAUUAAACUCACCUCCGAAUGAAAGGAUGCGUGAUGGGAUGAGCACGGACGGUCUUCUAUUGUUGAGAUGGUUAUUGGCUUGUUCCAGGAAUUUUAAUGGUUUUCUAUACAUUUCGAUGUUCAUCACCCCCUCAACAUAAAUCAGAUUAAAAUAUUUCAUUCUUUUCUCUCA